AUGGGAUUUACUCGAACUGACAGACCCGGCUCACUUCUCUGGUUCCUGCAUUUAGCGUCUUUGCUUCAAGCAGUGAGCUCUGCAGAGGCAUGUGAGACCGUGUUUAAGGGUUUCUCAGACUGUUUGCUCAGCUUUGGAAGAAACAUGGUGAAUUAUCCUCAGGACCUGGACGACCUGGAAAACCUGCACACCGUCUGCUCAUACUGGGAUGAUUUUCUGUCGUGCACCUCUGCCGCGGUUGCAGAUUGUCAAGACGAAGCAGUGGAGCUUUGGGAAAAGCUCAAAGUGCCGUCUGGGAGUCUGAACUACAGGGGAAGUCUGUUUCACCUGUGCUCUAAAGAGAAUGGAACAUCACGACUCGGGUUUAUCCUGGAACUGAUAGUUUGGACCAUGACUCUGUCCAAAUUGGUGAUGUGGGCCAUUUUUGAAUGA